AUGGACGACACCAUGGCAAUCACCCGAGUUCCCCCCCCGAGGAACUCCCCCAUGAGAGAAGAAAAAGAUUUCAAACAAAACCGGGAUGGGGAUCGGGUUGGAAUGGCCAUCUUCCUCGAUUUUUCCAGUUUCACUCGAGGGGCAGCUUCGGACUGGGCUGCUGUGAUUGCAAAGAUUGAUCGGUACUGCUACACCUCAAUGGGUCCCCUUCCGAAAGGAUUCGAGCGUCCGUUCCCACCCCAGCCAAAUAUUCGUGAACUUGUUUGCGAGGGCUAUCGAAAUGUGAUUGUCGAGGAUCCAAAGCUAGAAUUUGCCUCGAUUGAAACCAUUCGCAAACGACAUAUUGAAUGGGCCGAGGGACAGGGCUACUCCCGUCAUAUUGGCAGACCUCGAUUUGACUAUUGCCUUGUUCUGGAUGACCGCUCUAUACGGUCGAUUUUGGCAAGUUCAGAGCCAAAGAGUAAUGCAUCUGAUUCUGGUUUAGUCGGAUACGUUAAUGUGAUCGACUGUGACUUUGACCCAGAAGAUCCUGAAAAUGAAUGCUCGGAGUUCUAUGAUGGGUCACUAAGAAUUUGCUUAAGCGAUAUUUUCUCCUUUGCUCUAUCUUGUGAAGAUCUCCAGACAGGCGAACAACAAUGGGGAGACUGGGGAAUGGAAAAUCCCGGAAACGUUAUCUAUACAGAUGGACAUUCAUCGCUUAUUGAGAAGCAAGAUGUGUUUCUCUGUCCAUCUGAUUACAACAUCUUUUCCCGCAUACUAGAACCUAAAUUGCCAAGAAACCCAAACAUCACCGAGUCUGAGUAUCGUGAACGGCAGAGUUCUAUCACAAUAGAAAGUCAAGCCGCCUGA